UUUGAACUGCUCCCAACAGUGAAUAAAAAGGAGGGUACAAGUGAGGAAGGAAAGUCAGGAGCUUCUCUGACCAGACUCUCCUGCACGACCUGAGCAGACUCUUUGGAUCGGGUAAAAUACAUCAUUUCCCGGCUGCUCCUUCUGGUGUAGAAAAGGGAUACUGGUUCCAGUAAGAUUUGGCUUUGUACUAAAGGCAAUGUCAGGGAAGAUGUGCAGCAGCAACAGUGUUGUUCAGGCACAAAAGCUGGUGGAUCAACUUCAAGUUGAGGCAGGCAUGGAGAGAAUCAAGAUCUCCCUAACAGCAGCAGACUUGGUCCGGUACUGUCAGGACCACAGGCGAAGUGACCCUCUGCUCACCGGCAUCGCUGCCUCGUCAAAUCCUUUCAAAGAUAAGAAGACGUGUGUGCUGCUUUGACAGUCCUCAGAAGAGAUGAGCAACACAUGAGACAUUGGACCAUAUGGACUUCUAUGUGGGAGUGCAAACACAGAUUUCUACUGU